AUGGUGUCGUCAUCACCGGGCGAACACAACCCGUUAUGGAGAGAGAUUGUGGUCACCUUUAGCCCGGCAUGGUUCACUGUCUCAAUGGGAACCGGGAUUGUCUCCAUCCUGCUCUAUUACAUCCCCUUUACAGCCCGCUGGCUGUAUUAUCUCUCCAUCGUCUUCUUCAUCCUCAACACGGUGCUCUUCUUUUCCAUCCUCUUCAUGCUCAUCCUGCGUCUUUUCCUAGCCCCCGGGUCCUGGCGAUCAAUCCUGCACAACCCAUCCCAGGCGCCCUUCAUCAGCACCCUGCCCAUUUCCUUGAGCACGCUGGUAGAGAUGUGGGUGUUCAUCUGCGUUCCCAUUCUGGGCGAUUGGGCCAGGACAAUGGCAUGGAUCCUGUGGAUGGUCAACGCCGUCAUUGCGGUGGCAGUGACCACCUCGCUGACCUUCUUCCUCAUCACCAAAUCAUCUCUCAACUCGCUCGACAUGUUCAACGCCGUCCAGCUCCUCCCCAUCGCUGCCACCAUCGUGGCAUCGGGCGUGGGAGCCGAGGUGGCGGGUAUCAUUCUCGACGCGCACCGUGCCGCGGCCAUAGUGGUCGCCAGCUAUGUUCUCUGGGGGAUGGCAACACCGCUGGCCGGCGUCAUCCUAGUCCUUUAUUACCAGAGACUGAUCGUGCAUAAACUCCCUGCAACCGAGGUGAUUGUGACCUCGUUACUCCCGCUGAGCCCACUGGGCUUCGGCUCCUACAGUAUCAUGUACCUCGGCAAAGUGGCGCGCACCGUCUUCCCCGAAACAGACAUUCUCGAUUCGGCAGCGGGACAGGCAGCGUAUCUGUUCGGCUUCUUCAUCGCCUUGAUCAUGUGGAGUUUUGGCAUUACCUGGCUCGUUCUCGCCAUCGCCGCCAUCUACCGCACCUGGCCGUUUUCCUUCAAUAUGGGUUGGUGGGGGUUCACCUUUCCCACCGGCGUCUUUGCAGCCAGUACCAUCCAGAUCGGGCUGGAGAUGCACUCGGUUUUCUUUCGUGUUUUGGGGACGGUCUUCAGUGCGGCAGUCAUCAUCCUUUGGAUUCUCGUCGCCGCUGCCACUGUUCGAGAUAUCUACCCCAGAGUCUUUUCCUUCCGGCUGGAUCCAAAGGAGUAG